AUGGACCAACCACUAGCAUGCCACAUGCCAGCUAAGAUGACAGAUAGAGGAGUGAAGGCGACCUUAAGUGGUUAUGCAAUCAUCAACCAGAGUCUAACAACUCUGGUUUCCACCAUUCAAGAUACCACGACAGUAAAUGGGAAUUCUCUUAAAGGCGUACCAAGCUUGAUUAGAAUGAAGGAAUGGCUGCAAAGUUUAGGGCACUUAGAUAAUGCAGUAAACAGGUUGAAUGUCAUCCAUGUCAGUGGCAUAAAGGGGAAGGGUAGCACCUAUGCUUUCACACACAGCUUCCUUCAUGCACAUAGUGUGAGGACAGGGUUUCCCAAGAAGAUUGGGCUCUAUACAGGGCUACAUUUGCAAUGCUUUCUCACCCUACUGGCUUUCCACACCUUCAUUAAAGAAGAGGUUGAUGCGGCCAUAUUUGAGGUCCACCAUGGCGGAGAGUAUGAUGCAAUAAAUAUAAUACAAAAUCCUGUUAUAACUGGAAUUAUGUCUCUUGGAAUGGACCAUCACAAAGCAGGAAUAUUUAAACUAGGUGCACCUGCCUUUUCUGUAACCCAGGACCCUGGGCCCGCGGAAGUUAUACAAAAGCAUGCUCUUGAUAAAGGCAUAACUUUGACAUUCAUGUCAGUAAAUGAGUGUCUUCCCACUGAUGGUAGAGUACUCACACUUGAACUUACUAAAGUUGAUGCAGACAUCUACCAUGGUGUGCAAAGUUUCCGGCUCACAGGGAGAUUUAAGAUUAUAGAUGAAGGGAAGAACGUGAACAAUGAGCAGAAGUGCCGCGCCCUUAUUUUCAGCCAUCUAAACAAGGUGAAACCUGGCCAUGUCAUUUUUACUACAUAUCAAGAGAAAGAUGGUGAACCUAUCGGUAAAUGGAAUACAAGUCCUUGUUACAGGGAGCUUAUACAUGGUUGGUGGAACACUCAGCCUUUUGAGGCCAUUGUUGCAUACACACAAAUGAUCUGGAGCGCCGUAUUUGCCCUAAUGGCAGUGAUAAUGCAAAGAGACUUGUACGGGUAG